UACCACAUUGCAAAUGGCGGCCUUUAUCUUCUGACAGAAAUGAAACUUGUCGACAGUACCAUUCGAAGUUUUCGAGUAGCGAAAGUAUUUCGAGAAAACAGUGAUCGGAUUAAUCAUAUAGACUUCUCACCAAAUGGAGAGACUCUUAUCACGAGCAGUGAUGAUGAUUCAAUUGUAAUUUACGAUUGCCAGGAAGGAAAACCAAAAAGAACCCUUUACAGCAAGAAAUAUGGCGUCGCUCAAAUCCAGUAUACACAUGCAACAAACACAGUGAUUCAUACAUCGACAAAGAUUGAUGACACCAUUCGUUAUCUCUCUCUCCAUGACAACAAGUAUCUCAGAUAUUUUACUGGUCACACAAAGAGAGUGAUGACUCUUCACAUGUCACCUAUGGAUGAUACUUUUGUAUCAGGAUCAUUGGACAGGACUCUAAGGUUAUGGGACUUGAGAUCCCCAAACUGUCAGGGAUUGAUGCACGUGAAUGGGAGACCUGUUGCGGCUUUUGAUCCUGAGGGUCUCAUAUUUGCUGCUGGUGUGGACUCUGAAAUGGUGAAACUAUAUGAUUUGAGGUCAUUUGAUAAGGGCCCAUUUUCCACAUUCCACAUUCAAAAUGAUCCCAACAUUGAGUGGACAAGUGUGAAGUUCAGUUCAGAUGGUAAAAUGAUCCUCUUGGCUACAAAUGGAGGAGUCAUUCAUUUGAUUGAUGCAUUUCAGGGAACACAGCUUCAUACAUUUACAGGUCAUUCUGUGACAAGAUCAACUCCAGUUGAAGUUUGUUUCUCUCCUGAUGCUCAGUAUGUCAUCUCAGGCUCUCAAGAUGGGCGUGUCCAUGUGUGGGGUUCAGACAGUGGUCAGAAGCUGACUGUGCUAGAGGGAAAUCACCCUGGACCUAUUCAGUGUGUUGGGUUUAAUCCUAAGUACAUGAUGUUAGCUAGUGCUUGUACUAAUAUGGCAUUCUGGUUACCUAACUUGGAAGAGCUGGAUGAAGCAAGCAAAAGAUCAUUGCCAAGUUAACAACAAACAGCCUAGAGCUGUUGAGUGUUAAUCAAUGCAAGACCACAUGGCCGAAUGCAAAGUUUCCCACAAGCUCUCAGUCAAAAAGCUUAUGUUUAAACCCGUCCUUGCUGUGGCUCUUGCAAGUAGAGGAGGCUAUAAAAAUGUUGUACAUAACAUAUUUCGCUGGAUCCAUGGUUUUAUAGACUUCAAUAAAUACUUGGGGUGCUGUAAA